AUGGCUGAAGAAGCGCAGACUGACUACUCGCUCAACAACCCCGACACCCUCACGAAGUACAAGCAAGCAGCUCAGAUAUCCCACAAGGCCCUUGAGUUCGUGACCGGACUGUGUAUCGAGGGCGCAAAGAUCGUCGACGUCUGCGAGCGGGGAGACAAGUUCCUGGAGGACGAGAUUGCAAAGGUGUACAAGGGCAAGAAGAUCAGCAAGGGCUUCGGACACCCGACUACGGUGUCACCAACCUCUUAUGUCACGCCAUACACGCCGCUCAAGACGGAUGCAGAGGAGGCUGCGGUUGAGCUGAAGCCCGCGGAGAUCGUCAAGAUCCAGCUCGGUGCUCAGAUCGAUGGCUUCUGCGCCAUAGUGUGCGACACUAUCGUCGUUCCGUCGGAGAAGAACGAGGAUGACAAGCAUCCCGGCAGAGAAGCGGAGCUGCUACUGGCAACGCACUGGGCGAACGAGCUACUGCUGCGGUUGAUGCUACCUCCGGGUACUUUGGUCACAGGCACCGAUGACGAGAAGAACAAGGCAGCAGCGCAGAAGCCAUACACCCAGGCCAAGAUCAAUCAGUUGCUGGAGAAGGUUGUGAAGAGCUAUGACUGUAGCCUUGUUGAGAACACAACCUGCUGGUUGUUCGACCGUAACGAGAUUGAGGGCAAGAAGAAGUUGAUUCUGGCUCCGGGCGAGGGCGUCAAAGGCGAAGGACUGCCAGAGAUCGGGGAGGUGUGGGGUGUAGAAAUGGGCGUCAGCCUGGGUACCGGAAAAGUAAAGACGCUCAACAACCGACCGACUCUACAUCGCCGUACUACGACAACAUACGGCUUGAAGAGACCAAGCUCCCGGGCCACCCUGUCGGAGGUCGUUAAGAAGUUCGGCACGUUUCCUUUCAGUUUACGACAGCUGGAAGAUGAACGCGCUGCGAAGGUCGGUGUGGUCGAAUGCGUGCGAGGGAAUGUGCUGCGCCAGUACGAGGUGGUCGGAGACAAGGACAACGCCCCCGUGGCAAGAGUGUUCUCCACUGUCUCAAUUACCAAGAAUGGCAUAACCCGUUUAGCCGCACCUCCAAGCCCUGACUUGGAGCAGUACAAGACAGACAAGAAGAUCACGGACGAGGAGGUCCUGAAGAUUCUUGAGCAGCCGAUCGCCAAGAAUACCGGAGCAAAGAGCAAAAACAAGAAGAAGAAGAAGAAGUCCGCGAAGAAGGCAGAUGAGGAGGAAGAGGCCGAGAGCAGUGAGGAAGAGUAG